AUGAAGUACUUACUCGCCGUGGAUAAGUCGAACAGCACCAAGCAUGCACUUGUGUGGAUUCUGCAACACGCCAAGCCGAUGAUCACGUUUUCCUCACUCACAUCUACCAGCUCCAACAUGCGGGGAGAAGCCCUGCUCAAGCGAUUAGGCAACACGCUCGAGAAGCACCAGGUCCCCUACACGGCCGUGAUCCGCCACGGCGACGCGCGCAAGAAGCUGCCCAGCCAGGCCAAGAAGCUGGGCGUGGACGUGAUCGUGAUGGGGCGCCGGGGCGUGACCGCCGACAAGAAGUCCCCGGUGGGCAGUGUGAGCCAGUACGUGGUCGAACACGCGCCGUGCUCCGUUGUCAUCAUCAAGGAGGACAAAGACCUGCCAUCUUCGACCGAAGAGCAAAAGCCCGAAUAA